UGUGCAGGGGCCGAAGGGAUCUCGUGGGCCCAAAGGGUUUCAAGGUCAUCUUGGUCAUGCAGGGCGUCAUGGUCAGACUGGAGAACCUGGACUUCCUGGACAAGUGUAUAUCCUACCAGGCAUGGAGGGAGAAACAGGAAACCCAGGUCCUCCAGCCACAUGCAACUGUUCACAGGUUCAGAGCCCACAACGAUUGGUGGACAGCGUGCACACGGUGUUUGUUGCGGAUGGAGAGAAAGCGAUGAGAAGGCUGCGCGUGGAGAAUGUGAUGGUGCUUCGCACGGACAAAAAGGCUCUGUACAUCUACACUGAGUCUCAGUGGAUCAACGUAUUGGUAACACACAGCAACAAUUGAAUGGAAACACAAGAUCCAACACACAAUACACAACUGUCUGAUGUUUAAUGAAGAGUCUCUGUGUUGCUCUCUGUCCACACAAACACACGAUUUGAGUG